CGACUGUUAACGCUCACUCACGGCAAACGCGUUUUAAAGACAGUUGUGCUGGUCAUGAAUGCAAGCUAACGGAGUUAACGCAAUCAACCGCCUGGACUAUCAAUAUUUUGCAAAAUGGGAAUAGCCGAUGAGGCUGACCGGACUCUGUUCGUCGGGAACCUGGACCCUCAAGUGACAGAAGAAGUUAUAUUUGAACUGUUUUUACAGGCUGGGCCGUUGAUAAAAGUCAAAAUCCCCAAAGACAGUGAUGGAAAAUCAAAACAGUUUGCAUUCGUAAACUUCAAACACGAGGCGUCUGUGCCCUACGCCUUAAACCUGAUGAACGGAAUCCGUCUCCACGGACGCCAGCUCAACAUUCAGUUCAGAGCCGGCAGCAGUCACAUCAGUCAGGAAGGCAAAAGUCCUGCAAACUCUCAAAACCCCAGUCCAGCGAAUACACCUGGUCACCGCGGUGGAAGGACCCCUGAGAUGGGCUCUCCGUCCUACUCCCCUCCGCAGCAUAUACAGAGAUCUUUCUCUUCACCUGACAGUCUUCAGAGGCAGGCCAUGAUGAACAACGUAUGGCAGGUUCAGAUGCAGCAGUUGCUCCAGUUCAAUGGAGGUCUCCAGCAGGGCAUGCAGCAACUGCGCAGUCCUGCAGACGGUAAUAACUGGCAACAGGAUCGGUCCGGACAGCGUGGUCACCGCCACCCUCACCAGGACAAUAACAGCCAUCACGGCAGAGAUCAGCGGCACGGGAACAGCGGGAACAGCUAUGACCGGCAUCGGCGCGACGGCCAGCGAGGGGACUUCUAUCACCAUGAUGACCGCAGCGGAGGACACAACAGGACUUACCCUCCUGAAAGACGGAGAGACUCUAGUGAGGGGCGAUGGAAACACUUUUAAAAGCAUUUUAGCUCUCUCGUAAGCAUUUUUAAUCAACUGUUUUAAUAACUGUUUGUUAUCCUCCUAGAUUUUUAAUUUUUUAUUUCGUGGAUUGCAUCUCAACUGUUUAUAUAUAAAAAAAAAAAAAAGUUAGCAGUGCAACUGUACUGCAAAAAAGCACAUUUUUGACAUGAGGUUAAGGCAUUUAGACUGGGAUGCAAGAACAAACAAACAAAAAAAACACAAAACCAGUAAUAAAUUGGCCAUUUUGUGUGCUGAGCUGUUUUAAAUGUAUAUUUUGAUCUCAGGGGGAUACCUAUGUUUAUAUAAUUUUUUUUUUUGUAAGAAUGUCGUUUUUUAGAUGUAUUUCUGUACAACAGCAAAAUGCAUAAAAGAACAAAUGAUGGUAGAUUUCUUUUUCUCUAGAGAUUUGUAUUUUCUCAGGAUUUCUCAUUAUGAAAAAUAGAAAACUAGUUUUCAGGUGACUUGGUUUGAUAAGCAAUGUUUUUUUUUUUUUUUUUUUUUACUGAUUUUGUUUGCAUUUUACACUCCUCUUUUGGGAUUUGAUUAGGAUAAUGUUGAUUAUGAAUUCAUCAAAUUUGGAACAAUAACUAGUUUUAAUACUUUGGUAUAAACACAAUUUUUACUGUCAAGUGUAACAUUUGAUUUCAUAAAAAUCACUGUUUACUGA